AUACCUAAAACCUUCUCCGAGAGUUAUCCACAGUUUUCACUACUCAUUACCUCAAAUAUGACAGGAACGGCUAUAAUCUACAUACCACAUUUAGGCAUCAACACGACACGUAGUUUUAAUCAAAAUUUAGAAUACAAGGUAACUGGUGACACCAUAACAAAGGUAAAUACAACAGUGGAACACAAGGGUAUACACGUGACAACAGAUGUCGACGUCACACUUACUGUUAUGAAAUAUCCAGCCAGUUCAUGGGAAGGUUUUGUAGCACUACCUUCUUCCAUGUUAUCUUCUGAAUAUAUAAUCUCGUCAAGCUACUCGCUUCGAGGUUCUUCAUAUAACAGUAAUUUUCUCGUCUUGGCAGUACAUGACAACACCUCUUUUAACGUAGAUAUAGACAACAGUACAUUAAGAGUCACCUUGAAUAGACUUGAUACGUAUCUCGUUCGACGGUUAAAUGAUUUAAGUGGAGCCGACGUUUUCAGUAAUAAACCUGUUGCCGUCUUCUCUGGACACGAAGCUGGAACAUCACAAACGACAUGCGGUGUUUCUUUAGAAUAUUUAGUGGAACAGCUUUUACCUACCAAACAUUUCGCUCAAGAAUUUAUCGUUCCUCCAGUACCGCCAAAAUCACAAUAUGUAGUUCGUAUAUAUAGCUCAUCUCAAAACACAUCUAUAACAAUUCAUAAUAAAACGAAACAAAGUAGGCAACUUCUUUUGAAAGCUGGUGAUUUUCAUGAAAUUUUAAGCGGUAAUAACUCAAUGUACGUUUCUGCAAACAAACCUGUCCAGGUGAUGUUGUACAGUACAUGUUAUUAUGAUGCUAAUAUUGGCAACGGAUUUAUGUCUAUAGUCCCGGCUAUCAAUCAAUAUAGAAACUCUUAUCAUUUCUCCGUUAUGGCAACAAACGAAAAUUUUACUCAUUAUCUUACAAUCAUUGCAAAAACUGAGGAUAUAUCUGGACUUAGAAUCAAUGGAAACCAAAUGGGAAAUAUCUUUCAUAGCUAUGUGACAUACGCAAACAAUGAGACGUUUACAGUUAACGUAUACAAAUUGUCAGCCGGUGAAUAUCAUCUGUAUCACGUGACCGGUAGAACAUUUGGAGCAAUACAAUAUGGCUUUUUUUCAAGAUUUGCUUACGGAUACCCACUGGGGAUGGAAGUUUCCAAAGAAGGCGACGAGAAUGACGGGCUAAAGUGUUUCAACUGUAAAGGCAUGACUCACUUGUACCUGUGCGACACUGUCACUAAAUGUUUGGGGGGACAGGUAUGUUAUGUGGAGACCUAUAGAACCAACAAUGGACAGGUGAAAUAUAACAGCGGAUGCUUAGCCUACAAGCAAUGUUCUAGUAAGAAACGACAAACAAGUCAGAGUACUUCUGAAUGUGUUCACUGCUGCUCAUCAACACUUUGCAAUUCAAACGGCUGUGGAGCUGAAGGUUUACCUCCCGCUUCUUUACGAGGACCGUUAUGCUACGACUGCCCGUAUGUUUCGAGUAUGGAUGAAUGUACAUCAGUAAUGCUGUGUUCCAGUGACGAAGUGUGCAGCAUUGAAAAGUUUGAUUUUGACGGGAUGUAUGAUCAUUACACAACUAAAUGCCAUAACAAACAGUGCAUUUCCCACAAGAGACAAGCAGACGUCACUUCUUCACGAGAAUCACGGUCAACGCCGGUAUGUAAAUCCUGCUGCGAUGCUGAUCUUUGCAAUACCGAUUGCUCAAAGACGUCACAAAAUGGCACUGACGUCAUUAUUGUUGGAUAAAACCCGAUCUUGACAUGGAUUACUUGGUGAUGGGCAAAAAUCUUUAUACUUUAAUAAAGACUUAAAGUAUCAGUUUGUUUACAUUUUUAUUCAUUAUUCAGUAUUAUUCAAAAGAGCAUACAUGUACAAUGUUUAAC